AUGAGUAGCCCGGCCCUCCCCAAGCUCUUGGACCUGGCAGCCCACAGCCUGCUGAGCAGCAAGGCCCCGGGAAUCCCUGCCUUGGAGGAGUUCACGGUGGACCUGUUCCCCCCACUGCUCACCGCAGCCUUUGCCAGGGGUCACAAACAGGCCCUGAAGGCCCUGGUGCGGGCAUGGCCCUUCCCCUUCCUGCGCCUGGGUUCUCUGAUCGUGCAGUGGCCUAACCAGGACAGCCUGCAGGCUGUGUUGGAUGGCCUGGAAGACUCGCCUUGCCCUGACCCCAGCCCUGGGGCUUGGCCCAGAUCAGAACUGCGGGUGCUGGAUCUGACCCUUGACUUCGAGCAGGUCCAGAGCAAAGGGGCCACAGAGGCCUUGGCCAGGUUCCCCUUCUGGCUGCCGUCCACCGUUAAGGCGGAGGCGUCCCAGCCGGCAGCCGGGCCCAAGCUGGGCGAGAACAUGAGGAGAGGCCGGAAGCAGCCGUGGGAACCUGUGGAGCUGCACAUUGACCUGUUCCUGCGAGGCCCCUUCAAGCUGGACACCUUCCUCUCUGGCCUGCUGAGCAAGGUGGAGCGGAGCUGCGGGGCACUGCUCCUGUGCUGCCGGAAGCUGCACAUCGAGGAGAUGCCCUUCAGCAGUCUCAUCGGCAUCCUGAAGACGCUGCAGCUGGACUGCAUCCACGAGCUGGAGGUCUUCGACUGGUUCCGGGCGCUCUCUGAGCAGAGUCUCUUUGCCACACAGCUGGGCAGGAUCUGCAACCUGCACAGCCUCAAGCUGGCCUACUACCACUGGACCUUCUCCCCUGAGGAUGAGCAGUCCUCCAGCUACUUCCUGUCCCAGCUCAGCAAGCUGGGCCACCUGCAGAAGCUUCAUCUCUCCUACUCCUAUCUCUCUGGCAACCUCCACCAAGUGCUCAGCUGCCUGCAGGCCCCACUGCACACCCUGGAGAUCCGUUCCUGCACCCUCCUGGACACAGACAUCACCUACCUGGCCCAGAGCCUGCAUACCACCUGCUUGACGAAACUGGAUCUGAGUGGCAACAACCUGUCCUAUAUGGUGCCUGGGCCCUUAGAGCCCCUGCUGGCUAAGGUGUCAGGGACGCUAGAGCACCUGGACCUAAACCACUGCCGGCUGAAAGAUUCCCACCUGGGCGCUAUCCUGCCAACCCUGUGCCGCUGCUCCCACCUCAGCUCCCUGGGACUGUCUGACAACCCUGUGUCGCGGGUCGGCCUCCUGAGCCUGUUGGAGCACACGGCCACUGGCCUGCGGGAGCUUAAACGGGUGCUCUACCCGAUCCCAGUCGAGUGCUGUGUGUACCUGCAUGGCCUCUCGUGGGGGCCGGUCAACAAGGACAAGCUGGGCCAGGUGCAGGCCGAGAUGCAGGCGCUGCUACAGGCUGUGCAGCGUACCGACAUGCAGUGGAGCCCCCCGCUGCCCUCGCCCCUGCCCGUGCGGCUGGUGCAGCUUGACUGA